GAGGGUCGUGGCUGGAGCGAGGGCGACCCGCUGUGCUCGGGAGAAGCAGGCGGUGCCCAGCGACUGCCUCCCCGGCGCUGACAGUCUCCGGUGCAGGAAAGCGGGGCGGAGGCGGCGCACACAGCCUGGGAAACAUCAGGUCUUGGAGUGUGAUUGCAGUUGUCAUACUUGCCUUGUCCAAAAGCGCUUGUGUGUUCUGGUAGAAGUGGGAUCUGUUAAGCAUAAGGUCUCCUGCCGUCCCCAGGCACCAUGAAUGCCAUCGUUGCCCUCUGUCACUUCUGUGAGCUUCAUGGUCCCCGUACUCUCUUCUGCACGGAGGUUCUGCACGCCCCCCUACCCCAGGGUGCUGGAAGUGGGGACAGCACUGGCCAGGGCGAGCAGGCCGAGGAGGAAGAGGGUGGCAUCCAGAUGAGUAGCCGGGUCCGAGCUCACAGCCCAUCGGAGGGUGCCAGUGCCGAGUCCAGCAGCCCAGGGCCUAAGAAGUCGGACAUGUGUGAGGGCUGCCGGUCACUUACUGCUGGACAUCCAGGGUAUAUCAGCCACGAUAAAGAGACCUCUAUUAAGUAUGUCAGUCACCAGCAUCCCAACCACCCCCAGCUCUUCAGCAUUGUCCGCCAGGCCUGUGUCCGGAGCCUGAGCUGUGAGGUGUGCCCGGGCCGGGAAGGCCCCAUCUUCUUCGGGGAUGAGCAGCAUGGCUUUGUGUUCAGCCACACGUUCUUCAUCAAAGACAGCCUGGCCAGGGGCUUCCAGCGCUGGUACAGUGUCAUCACCAUCAUGAUGGACCGCAUCUACCUCAUCAACUCUUGGCCCUUCUUGCUGGGGAAGAUCCGUGGGAUCAUAGAUGAGCUCCAGGGCAAAGCUCUUAAGGUGUUUGAGGCAGAGCAGUUUGGAUGUCCACAACGUGCCCAGAGGAUGAACACAGCCUUCACCCCCUUCCUGCACCAGAGGAACGGCAAUGCGGCCCGUUCACUGACCUCCUUGACCAGUGACGACAACUUGUGGGCGUGUCUUCACACCUCCUUCGCCUGGCUUCUGAAGGCGUGUGGCAGCCGGCUCACAGAGAAGCUCUUGGAGGGCGCGCCCACUGAGGACACCCUGGUCCAGAUGGAGAAGCUUGCUGACUUAGAAGAGGAAUCAGAAAGCUGGGACAACUCUGAGGCUGAGGAGGAGGAGAAAGCCCCCACACUGCCGGAGGGAGCAAAAGGGCGGGAGCUGACCAAAUGCCCGGCAGAUUCGUCCUUCCUCUCAGACUGCGGAAACUGGCAGCCCCGAAAACUGUCAGUCUUCAAGUCCCUUCGGCACAUGAGACAAGUCCUAGGAGCACCGUCUUUCCGCAUGUUGGCGUGGCACGUACUCAUGGGGAACCAGGUGGUCUGGAAGAGCAGAGACGUAGACCUUGUCCAGUCAGCAUUCGAAGUCCUCCGGACCAUGCUGCCUGUGGGCUGCGUCCGCAUCAUCCCGUACAGCAGCCAGUACGAGGAGGCCUAUCGCUGCAACUUCUUGGGGCUCAGUCCUUCUGUGCCAAUCCCUGCCCACGUGCUAGCCUCAGAAUUUGCAGUUGUCGUGGAGGUCCACGCAGCCACACGCUCUACCCUCCACCCAGUUGGGUGUGAGGAUGACCAGUCUCUCAGCAAGUAUGAGUUUGUGGUGACCAGUGGGAGCCCUGUGGCUGCAGACCGAGUUGGGCCCACGAUUCUGAAUAAGAUUGAAGCAGCUCUGACCAACCAGAACCUGUCUGUGGAUGUGGUGGACCAGUGCCUCAUCUGCCUCAAGGAGGAGUGGAUGAACAAAGUGAAGGUCCUCUUUAAAUUCACCAAGGUGGACAGUCGCCCCAAGGAGGACACACAGAAGCUCCUGAGCGUUUUGGGGGCAUCAGAGGAGGACAAUGUCAAGCUGUUGAAGUUCUGGAUGACAGGCCUGAGCAAAACCUACAAGUCACACCUCAUGUCCACAGUCCGCAGCCCCACGGCCUCAGAGUCUCGUAACUGAGCUGAGCAGGGGUUUACCGCUGAGAAAAACCUUCUGGAAGAUGGUGCAGGUUGUUCCCGACCAUGACAAGAAGGGCUGCUGUUGAGUUUCUGAACUGCGGGGGUGAAGCUGUGUCCUAAAGGGGCUGGGAACUGCUGGGCUGGGCUGUGUCCUCCCUGUGGGGCUUGGGGUCAUGUGGGUCUCUGCACCAUCACAGAACUGUUGAAAGGCAGGGGAGAGCCUGGGACAUUGUUCCCUCCACGCCAUAUAGUGCUGCGUGGCAAUGGUCAGGAGGACUGACUUGGUGCCUCUGGAGAAAAGGACCAACAAGAUGAACGAAUCGGAGCAGUCCUGCAGCGUGUCCUCUGUGGAUUAACAGCAAACCUUCCCACUGUGAACCGUAGCGAGCACCCUGGCUUGUGUGUUUCCUGCAUUGGUGAAUUCCCAGGACAUACACCCAUGUUUGGUCUCUGGUCAUGUGGAUUUUGAGUUGAGAACCUGAAAAGCUCCUGUGAGCAAACUUUUCCUCAACUCAAGGUCCUCUCAAGUUUGUGUUCUGAGGUGGUAAAGUUCAUCCGAUGAUCACACAGUCCCUACGAGCUGCCUACGGUUUGAAUCUACAGCUGGAUGAUGGAGCCUCAAGCCCCUGACAGACACUAGGCUUGGUCAGAACCUCUGCUCUUCUCUUCCUUGACUUACCACUCACAUAGAGAAACCUGCUGGGACUCUGAUUUUUGACAGUGUCUUGUAGUCAGGCUGGCUUGGAACUCACUGUGUAACCCAAGCUGGCCUUGAACUGGCAACGAUCCUCCUAUGUCAGCCUCCCAAGUGCCACGAUGAUAGGCCUAAGCCACCAUGCUCAGUCCCUACCAUGGCUUUACUCUAUCUUGUUUUCCUUUCUGUUGCUGCCUUCAACAUUUGCCUGUGGCAGCAGGUAACAGUUUUCUGAGUAUAGAGAUCUAAGACAAAUUCACUGUCCCUACCCUACCAGAUACAGUUUAAAUAAGGACUCAAGCUUGGAAGGAUUUUCUGGAAGUUUUCCUGGUUUGUUUAUAAUUUUCUUGCUUAAUUUAUAUUGGACAUAAAGACUAAGCCUAUGUGUGUCUUGGUCUCUAUAUAAUAUAAGAACAUUGAAACACAAUAAAUAUGUAUUUUUGUAAA